AUGGUGACCGCGGCGAGCGCGCUGCCGACGCCCUCCGCGUCGCUCGCGCUCGGUCGUGCGCGGACGUCGCGCGCGGCGUCCGCGUCGCCGCGCUGCGCGGCGCGCCAGACGCCGCCGCCGCCGCCGACGACGACGCCAUCGUGGAGGGUCGCGUCAUCGUCGCGCGCGGUGACGACGCGCACCGGCGCGCGCGGGGGCGAGGCGUCGUGCAGCGCGUCCUAUAGGACGCUGCCGUCGCGCCGCGAGCGAGGAGGACGAGGACGGGGACGCCACCGCGGCGGCGGCGGCGGCGGCGCGACGCGCGUCGCGUCCGCGGCGUCCGCGACGAAGCGCGCGUCCGCGACGCCGCAGACGAUCGCGCGUUCCGACGGCAGUCCGUCGUCGUCGUCGUCGUCGCGACUCGAGCGACCGGUAGGGAACUCGUCCACCGCGCAGGCGAUGGCGAACAGCGUGAACAUCCUCCUCGGCGUCGGGCUCCUGUCCGUGCCGUACGCGCUGCAGCAGGGCGGCUGGGCGGGCCUCGGCGUGCUCUCCCUCCUCGGCGCGAUGACAAACUACACCGGCAAGGCGCGUUCUGAUUCACACCGGUCCCCAUACGACCGCGUUGGCGUGGCGCUCAUCAAGUGCCAAGCCGCGGGCUCGCUCCCAGUCGUCGACGUCGCCGGGUUCGAGAGCGACCUCAGCGCCGGCGGCGCGGUCGCGUCCGCGCGAGGGAUGGGCGCCAGCGGCGACGAGUACGACCUGAUGGAGAUGGACGCCGGCGACGCGACGAGCGGCGGGCCCGGCUACUGCGAGUACCCGCGCCGGAGGCCGCUGCUCUCGUACGAAGACAUCGGCGAAGCCGCGUUCGGGCCGCGCGGGCGAGACUUCAUCACGUUCGUGCUGUACACCGAGCUCAUCGGCACGGGCGCGCUGUUCUUCAUCCUCGAGGGCGACCACCUCGCGAUACUGUUCGACCACGCGCACGACGAGACGUGGUACAUGGCCGCGGCGGCGGCGGUGAUGAUCCCGACGUUGUGGCUCUUCGACCUGUCGUCGCUGAGCGCCAUCGGCGCGCUCGGCGCCGCCGCGUCCAUGUCUCUCGUGGGCGUGGUGCUCUACGAGCUCGUCGCCGUCGGCGGGUACCCCGCGAACCCGCCGCCGGGGUUCGACACCACCGCGCUCGUGCACCUGAGCACGCUUCCGGUGUCGUUCGGGCUGCUCGCGUUCGUCUUCGCCGGGCACGCGGUGUUUCCGGCCAUCUACACGUCGAUGGAGAAGCCGGAGGAGUAUCCCGCGAUGCUGGAUAAGACGUACGUCAUCGUCGGGCUGACGUGCCUCGUCAUCGGCAGCGCCGGGUACGCGCUGUACGGCGACCAGGUCAUGGACGAGGUGACGCUGAACCUCCCCGCGGGCGUCGCGUCGACGAUCGCGCUCGCGCUGAUCACGGUGAACCCGUUCAGCAAGUUCGCGUUGACGAUGGACCCGGUGGCGCGCGGGCUGGAGAAGGGCCUCCUCGGGAUCGACGUCGCGAGCGAGACGAAUCGGUCGACGACGGCUUCGGCGCUGAAAGCGCGAGGGCUGCGGACGGGGUUAGGGCUGAGCGCGCUGGCGACCGCGGCGACGGUGCCGUUCUUCGCGGUGUUCAUGUCGCUCAUCGGGUCGUUUCUCACGCUCACGGUGUCGGUGAUCUUCCCGUCGGCGUGUUACCUGAAGAUGUUCGAGGACGAGGUCACGGACGGGGAGCGGGCGCUGAACUGGGGGAUCAUGGUCUUGGGGGGGUUCUGUGUCGUCGCGGGGAGCGUCAGCGCGGUGCAGGGGAUCGCGGGGGAGAUAGGCUUUUGACGAAAUGAUGGUUGGAGGUGAUCGAGUUGAUCGAGUUGAUCGAGUUGAUCGAGUUGAUCGACGACGACGACGACGACGACGCGGGUCGACGGAUCGAUCGGAUAUAUUUUUUUAAAAUAUCUGCUCGCGUCGUUUCGAU